UGCACAGCUGGCUGCAACAAGCAGCACUAUUGUCACAAAUUGUCUACAAAUUCGCAGCCGGAAUAUAGUUGUUACAAACUUGCAUUACCGACCGAGUGUCGUGCCACACACCGUUGGACUCCAAUAGAUCAUGGAUUUGAAUUGUGGCUUGAAGGAAGAAGAAUUUGAAGAGGAUAUUUGCCCAAGACAGGAAAUAAAAAGGGAAGAAGAGGCGCUUGGUAUUGCUGACGCUGUGACCACUCCUGUGGUGGACGUCAAAAUAGAAGACUCAGGCCAUCCUCAUGUGGCCACUACACCUGAGAAAGAUGUCAAAAUAGAAGACUCAGAUCAUCCUCAUGUGGCUACUACACCUGAGAAAGAUGUCAAAAUAGAAGACUCAGAUCAUCCUCAUGUGGCUACUACACCUGAGAAAGAUGUCAAAAUAGAAGACUCAGACCAUCCUUGUGUACAUUCCACAGCAGCGGAGAUCUCCAUAACAUUAAAAGAGGAGGAGGAGAUUAAGGAGGAGGAGGAGGAGGAGGAAGAGGAAGAUGUAGGGACCCUACAAGAGGAGGAGGAGGAGAUAAAGGAAGAAAAGGAUGGAGGAACAAGCUCUUCAGAUGACACUGAGGAGGAUGUAGAGACGUGGACCCUUCAGAAUACAACAGAGGACACUCGUGUGGAAAUUCACAACACUGAUCACUCUACUCUUACAGGACGUGCUGAAAAGAAACAAUCCAACAAGGCCGGUAAAACUGGUGAAUCAGCGAUCAGGAAAGGCAAGACCAUUCGUACUUCAAAAACGUCAAAUGUCGAUGAUAUGGACUGUGGAAAAUGCCUCAAUUGCAAAGAACAUCCAGGCAUUGGGGCAAAGGCGCACCGCUGCACUUCUGGUGGGAAAGCGUGCACUAGUGAGAAGAAAUUAGCGAUACACAAGAGAAUCCAUGCAGAAAAACCACAUCAGUGCUCUGAGUGUGGAAAGGCAUUUUCACGACUUUACGAUCUUAACAUACACCAGAGCGCAUUCCACACUCUGGACAAACCGCACCAGUGCGCUACCUGUGGAAGAGGCUUUGCAACACCACAGGUGUUAGCAGGACACCAGAGAAUCCACACUGGAGAAAAACCAUACCACUGUACCAUUUGUGGAAAGGCCUUCAGAGCACAGCGCACUUUAAUAGUUCAUCAGAGAACCCACACUGGGGAAAAGCCUUACCAGUGUACCACAUGUGGAAAGGCAUUUACAACGGCACACAAUUUGACAACACACCAGACAGUUCACACUGGAGAAAGGCGACAUGUGUGUUCAGAGUGUGGGCGGACAUUUUCACAAGCGUGUUCUCUUAAAAGACAUCAGAGAAUUCACUCGGAUGAAAAACCUCUAAAGUGUAGCAUAUGUGGAAAAGGCUUCAGAGAGGCUCGUUAUUUAGCUCUUCACCAGAUGGUGCACACUGGAGAGAGACCAUACCAAUGUACUGUUUGUGGGAAGGCCUUCAGAACAAGAUUCCUCUGCAAUGAACACCAGAAAACUCAUAGUGUGGGAAAGCUGUAUCAUUGUUCGACGUGUGGAAAGCAUUUUUCAACUGCUCAGACUUUAGAGGUGCACCAGAGAAUCCAUACAGGAGAGAAGCCUUUUCUGUGUACCACCUGUGGACGGGCAUUCAGAGUAGCAUAUACCUUAAACAGACAUCAGAGAACCCAUGCAGGGGAAAAUGUUCCACCUGUUCAUGUAGGAAAAGUGUAAAUGUUAAGGCCACAAUGGAUACUUUGGGAGAUAGUUAAGACUUGAGUUAUGUUUUCCUGACUUUUCGUUUUGUUGAAAAGGAAUAUUUUGUCUCACACUUUUUACUUAAAUUAUCGGUUAUAUUCACUACUCCUCAUUUGAAUAAAAAAUGAAGCUCCAUUUGGAAGUUAAA